UUCCCGGAGGAGCUUAUGCAGUUUUUGGAGAGGGGAAAACGACCAAGUCCACGUAUGAGAAGAGAGAUGGUCCGGAUUGUGGUGAAUGAGAUCAUGCGAAAAUGCUCUUGCCCAAGUAAAAGGAAUUCUAUUGAAGUUGCCAAAAAGUUUGUGGCGAAAUAUCCCAAAUCUCUGCAAGACAUAAUAGAAGGAGAUGUCAUUGGGCCAGGGUACCAUUCUUUAGUUAAGCAGUUGCAAUAUAGGAUUGAAAAUGUGAAGCGAUCUUCCACACCCAAAAUAAGAAAACGAAAGCAUUGUACUGAUGACUCUGACACUGAUGAAAUUCCUCCAGAACAGAGAGCAGCAAUCCAGGAUACUUAUGGGUGCAUUAACUGGGACGUAAAAUUCCUGCCCCUUGGAGAGACCCCUGAAAGCCAACAGGAAAAGAAAGAAAAACUGAAGAUGAUGUCUCAGCAAACUGCUGCAAAUCUAGAGGAGGUCAAACAUCUAAUGAAGUUGACUUUCUACACACAGCGUAAACAAGUCAACCAGGGUAAAAAUAUAAAAUGCCUUCUGGAGGAGUGGCCAUUUUGGUUCAAUGAACUUGGCAUGGCAGUUCACUUCAAGGAACUUACCGGAAUUGGUCUUAAAGAAACUUUCAUGCGGAAUCUGGAAUUGAAGGGGAAACGACUCUUGAACUACUUCAGUGCUGUUGGUGUGAACAAGAACCAAAAAUUCCUGCAGGCUGUAACGAAGUGUAACGUGAUGAGGGAACAGGUGGGUGGUUGCUCUCAAGACGUGACCGAGAUGUUGCUGCUUUUGCUCUCCUACUUUAACGAGAAGGAAGACGCAAUGUUCCAUUAUGUGGAGGACACAAGCCUGGCAGAGGAAGUAGAAAUGGACAAAGUAAAUUUGACUCCCACCCUUGUUGUGUGUGGUGGAUCCUGCUUUUCGUCGAAGCGAUUCAUGCUGUGUGUGGAUCGAAAUGUUGUACAUGACAACAUCCCCUCCUUCAUUUCUGCCCUCUGCAUGAUGUUUGGGAGCUAUUAUUGCUUUAACAUCCAUUACCCCUCAGAACUGGCAUCGACCCUGGAGUUUUUGCAGAGGUAUGUGUUUUUGGAUGACCUUUAUACAACAUUGAACUGA